AAAGGCAACUGGGUUCCACUGUACAACUGAUUUUAUCAUUUCCCCUCUCUGGACACAAAUUUGCUCCACCUUAAAUCGACAAGGUUGAAGGACAAGAUCUUUCGGACUUCCUGCAACUCUAUUAUAAGGUUGCAGCUAUAAAGAGCAAUGAACAGGCUGAAGAAUGUUUCUGGAGUUGAGCUGGUGACACUGGCUGCUGAAAAAUGUACAGAAAAUGUGGGAAAUACAUAGUGAACAUUGAUGACUCUGAAAACCAGCCGCCAUUUAUGUGCACAAAAAAUCAUGAACAUCUCAGUUCAGCUUGUCAGUUUUCAGUGUCCACUGAUGUGGUUGGUGAUGUCGAUACUGAUUUAACUGGUGUCUGCACCAGUGCAGAGACCCUUGGACCCUCAGAAUUUCCGAGCAGAGAAUUACAGCACGGUCAGGUGACACGAAAUUUCUUUAGUGAUUGGUCUCUGUGGAAAAUCUUCCUGGCUUGUCUCUUAGCCUGUGCACUAACAACAGCAAUUGGAGUACUCAUAGUGUGCUUGGUAUAUAAUGGAAGAAAUAAUAAUGCCUCCAUUGUUAUCCAGUUUCCUUCAAACCAUGGGACAACCUCUUCUGCAACUGAAACUACUUCUGAGUCCACAGUUCCCACUACUGUGACAGGUUUUACCACACUGUCCACUUCAACUAGCAUCACUACAGCCACUGGUUACACUUCAGCAGAACCUACCAGUAGAGCAACCACUGCUCGAACAGAAACUACAAUAGCAGGAGGCACCACUUUAUCUGAAACAAGUACAGCGGUGACUGCAGGCACUGCAGCUGUGGCUACAACCACAGUAGCCAGCAAGACUGCUCCUACUGAAACUACAACCACAGCAGCAGCCACAACUUCCACUGUAGAAACUACCACAACUGCUUCUAGCACUACCAGUAAAGUGAUAACAGCAGCCACCAGUGCCACUUUUACUGAACCUACCACCACAGGAGCAGCCAUCACUUCAACUGAGCCAAAAAUCACUACAGCGGCCACCACAUCAACUGAGCUGACUACCAUAACAACUGCUAGCACUACCACUGAGGCUACAACAACAAUAGGCACCACAACUAUUUCUAUUGAACCUACAACCACCACUGAAGCCACCAAGUCAACAGAACCAAUGGCCACAAGUGGCAGCACUACCAGUGAAGCUACAGCCACAAUGGCCAUCACUACCUCUUCUACCAAACCUACAACCACAGUUGCAGCCACCACUUUAACUGACUCUACAACCACCACGGGAGACAUCACUAUGACUGAACCAAACACAAUGACUGCCAGCACUACCACUGAGGCUCCAACCCCAAUAGGCACCACUACCACUUUUACUGAACCUGCAACCACUACAGCAGCCACAAGUAAAACUGAAGCCACAACCACAGCAGCAGCCACAUCGUCAACUAAACCAAAUACAACAAUGACUGCCAACACUACAACUGAGGCUAAAACCGCAAUGACCAGCACUACGGCUUCUAUGGAACCUACAAACACAACAGCUGCUACCACCUCAACUGAACCAACAAGCACAACAGUAGCCUUUGCUUCAACUGAACCAAAUAGUGCAACCACUGCCAGCGCUACCACUCAAGCUACCACUACAACAGUUACUACCACCCCAGCCAGCACUAAAUCUACAACCAGUACAGUAGCAGACAUCACUUCUGCUGAACCUACUACCACCGUAUCAAAAGCCACCUCAAUAGAAACACCUACCACAACUGCUAGCACUACCACUGAAGCUACAGCCACAACAGCCACCAUUACAGCUUCUACUGAAACUGUAGCCACCACAGCAGCUACCACAUCAAGUGAACCAACUGCCACAACAACUUCUAGCACUAUCACUGAGCCUACAACCAUAGUUACUGCUAACUCUUCUAACAAACCUGCCACAACCAUAGCAACUAUCACUUCAAGUGAACGAGCUACCACUACAGCUGCCAGUACUACAACUCAGGCUACCUCCACAAUGUCCACCACUGCUGCUCCAACCAAACCUACAGCAGAAACCACUUCAGUUGAACCCUCAACCACAACAGCAGCUACCACUUCAACAGAACCAGCUGUCACAAUGAGUGCCAGCACUACCACUGAGGCUAUCCCCACAACGGCCACAACUAUGACUUCUAGUGAACCUACAACAACCACAGUAGCCACCACUCCAGGUGAACCAACUGCCACAUCAACUUCCAGCACUACCAUUAAAGCUAUAACCACAAUGAUAACUCCCACUUCUGCCAAAUCUACAAUCACCACAGUAACAGACACCACUUCAAUUGAACCAGCUACCACAGUAUCAGCCCCCACUUCAACAGAAACACCUGCGACAACUGCCAGCAUUACCACUGAAGCUACAACCUCAACAGGCACCACUAUGAAUUCCACUGAACUUGCCAUCACCACAGCAGCCACCACUUCAACUGAACCUACUACCACAACAGUAGCCACCACUACAAUAGAACCAAUUACCACAACUGUCAGCACUACCACUGAGGAUACAACAACAACCAUCACUACUGCUUCUACCAGAUCUAUAGCCACCACAGUAGCAGAUGUCCGUCCAGCUAAACCUAGAACCACCAUAUUAGCCACCAGUUCAACAGAACUAUCUACAAGUGCCAGCACAACUACUGAGGUUACAACCACCCCAGCCAGCACUAACACUUCUAUUGAUUGGUCAUCCACCACAGCUGUCACCACUUCAACUGAACCUACAACCAUCACAGGAGCCACCACACCAAUUGAUCUGACUAUCACAACAGUAGCCACUACUUUAACAGAACCAGCUACCACAACUGACAGCACUACCACUAAGGCUACAACCACAAUGGCCACCACCAUGACUUCUGCUGAACCUGCCACCACCACAGCAGCCACCAUUUCAACGGAACCAACAAUCACAACAGUAGCCACCACUUCAACAGAACCAAUCACCAAAACCACUGUCAGUUCUACUACUGAGGCCACAACAACAAUUAGUACUACAGCUUCUACCAAAUCUACAACCUCCAAAGCAGACACCACUGUAGCUGAAGCUCCUAAUACCACAUCAGCCACUGCUUCAACAGAACCACCUACCACAGUUGCCAGUACUAGCACUGCGGCUACAACCAAAACAGCCACCACUAUGACUUAUACUGAAUCUGCAUCCACCACAGCAACCACCACUUCAAGUGAACCAACUGCUACAACAACUUCCAGCACUCCCACUGAGCAUACAAGCAUACCAGACACCACUGCUGUGUCUGCUGAACCUAUAGCUACUACAGCAACAGAUACCACUUCAACGGAAGAUACAACCACAACCACCAUAGAAGCCACCACUUCAAGUAAACCAAUUACCACAACUAUCAGCACUACCAGUAAAGUGACAACCAUGCUAGACACCACUACCACUUCUACCAAACCUAUAACCACCACAGCAGGUACCACUUUAACUGCCAUUACUACCAUUCAGGUUAACACCACAACAGCCAACACUAGCACUUCUACUGAACCUACAACCACAACAGCAGCCUCCACUUCAACUGAAACAACUACCACAGCUUCUGCCAGCACCACCACUGAGGCUGUAACCAUAUCAGAUACCACUACAAUGUCUACUGAACCUGCAGCCACCACAGAAGCCACCUCAUCAAGUGAACCCACUGCCACAACACAUUCCAGCACUACACUGGAGGCCUCAUCCGUGUUGGACACCACUAUGGCUGCUACUGAAACUGCAACAACCACAGCAGCCACCUCAUCAAGUGAAUCCACUCCCACAACUUCCAGCACUAAAACAGAAGCUACAACCAUAUUGGAUACCACUACAACUGCUACUGAACCAGUAAACACUAAAGGCACAGAUACCACUUCAACUGAGGCUACAACCAUGACCACAGCCUCCAUUUCAACUGAAAUGAUGACCACUGCUGCUACAAGCACUACCACUGAGGCUACAAGCAUAGUAGCCAUGACUACGACUUCUGCUGAACGUGCAACCACAACACCCACCAAUGGUUCAAGUGAACCCACUACCAUAACACCUUCCAGCACUAAAACUGAGGCUACUACCAUGUUGGACACAACUACUGCUGCUACUGAACCUGCAACCACUUCAACAACAGAUGCCACCUCAACUGAAGCUAUAACUACCACAGCAGCCUCUAGUUCAACUGAAACAACUACCAGUGCUGCUGAUAGCACUACCACUGGGGCUACAACCACAAUAGCCACAACUAGGAUUUCUUCUGAACCAGCAGGCAACACAGCAGCCACCACAUCAAGUGAACCCACAGCCACAACAACUUCUAGCACUACAACUGAGGCUACACCCAUGUUUGACACCACUAUGGCUGAUACUGAACCAGUAAACACUACAGCCACAGAUACCACUUCAACUGAAUCUACAACCACAGCUGCUCUCUUCAUUUCAACUGAAACGAUGACCACUGCUGCUACAAGCACUACCACUGAGGCUACAACCACAAUAGCCACUAGUACCACUUCUGCUGAAACUGCAACCAAAACAUCCACCAGUGGUUCAAGUGAACCCACUGCCAAAACAACUGCCAGCACUACAAAUGAGGCUACAACCGUGUUGGAGAGCACUACUGCUGCUACUAAAUCUGUAACCACUGCAGCAACAGAUGCCACUUCAACUGAAGAUACAACCAUGACUUCAGCCUCUACUUCAACUGAAGCAAUGACCACUGUUGCUGUCAGCGUUUCCACUGAGGCUACAACCACAAUAGCCACCAGUAUGACUUCUACUGAACCUGCAGCCACCUCAGAAGCCACCACUUCAAGGAAACCUACUGCUACAACACCUACCAGCACUACGACUGAGGCUAUAACCAUGUUGGGCACCACCACAGCUCCUAUUGAGACCGUUACCACUACAACAACAGAUGCCAUAUCAACUGAAGCUACAACCUCCAUAGCAUCUUCUACUUCAUCUGAAACAACUACCACUGCUGCUGCCAGCACUACUGCUGAGGCUGCAACCACAAUAGCCACCAGUACAACUUCUACUGAACAUGCAGCCACCAUGACCACCAAUGGUUCAAGUGAACCCCCUGGCAGAACAGGUUCUAGCACUACAACUGAGGCUACAGCCACCAUUGUCACCACUAUGAUUUCCACUGAACCAGCAAGCAACACAGCAGGCACCACAUCAAGUGAACCCACUGCCAAAACAACUUCCAGCACUACAACUGAGGCUACAACCAUGUUGGGCACCACUACAGCUCCUACUGAACCUGUAACCACUUCAAUAAGAGAUACCACCUCAACUGAAGCUGUAACUACCACACCAGUCUCUGCUUCAACCAAAACAAGUACCACUGCUGCUGCGAGCACUACCAAUGGGGCUACAACCACAAUAGCCAUGACAACGAAUUCUGCUGAACCUGCAACCACAACACCCACCAAUGGUUCAAGUGAACCCAGUACCAUAACACCUUCCAGCACUAAAACUGAGGCUACUACCAUGCUGGGCACCACUACAGCUGCUACUGAACCUGCAACUACUUCAACAACAGAUGCCACCUCAACUGAAGCUAUAACUACCAAAGCAGCCUCUAGUUCAACAGAAACAACUACCACUGCUGCUGUCAGCACUACCACUGAGGCUACAACCACAAUAGCCACCAGUAUGACUGCUACUGAACCUGCAGCCACCUCAGAAGCCACCACUUCAAGGAAACCUACUGCUACAACACCUACCAGCACUACAACUGAGGCUAUAACCAUGUUGGGCACCACCACAGCUCCUAUUGAGACCGUUACCACUACAACAACAGAUGCCAUAUCAACUGAAGCUACAACCUCCAUAGCAUCUUCUACUUCAUCUGAAACAACUACCACUGCUGCUGCCAGCACUACUGCUGAGGCUGAAACCACAAUAGCCACCAGUACAACUUCUACUGAACAUGCAGCCACCAUGACCACCAAUGGUUCAAGUGAACCCUCUGGCAGAACAGGUUCUAGCACUACAACUGAGGCUACAGCCACCAUUGUCACCACUAUGAUUUCCACUGAACCAGUAAGCAACACAGCAGGCACCACAUCAAGUGAACCCACAGCCACAACAACCUCCAGCAGUACAACUGAGGCUACAACCAUGUUGGACACCACUACUACUGCUACUAAAGCUGUAACCUCUACAGUAACAGAUGCCACUUCAACUGAAGCAAGGACCACUGCUGCCAUCAGCACUACCACUGAGGCUACAACCACAAUAGCCACCAGUAUGACUUCUACUGAACCUGCAACCACCACAGAAGACACCACUUCAAGGAAAGCUACUGCUACAACACCUACCAGCACUACAACUGAGACUACAGACAUUUUGGGCACCACUACAGCUCCUACUGAACCCGUAAGCACUUCAAUAACAGAUACCACCUCAACUGAGGCUACAGUCUCUACAGUGGCUUCUACUUCAACUGAAACAACUACCACAGCUGCUUCCAGCACUACCACUGGGGCUGCAACCACAAUAGCCACCACUAAGAUUUCUACUGAACCAGCAAGCAACACAGCAGCCACCACAUCAAGUGAACCCACAGCCACAACAACCUCCAGCAGUACAACUGAGGCUACAACCAUGUUGGACACCACUACUACUAAAGCUGUAACCACUACAGUAACAGAUGCCACUUCAACUGAAGCAAGGACCACUGCUGCCAUCAGCACUACCACUGAGGCUACAACCACAAUAGCCACCAGUAUGACUUCUACUGAACCUGCAGCCACCACAGAAGACACCACUUCAAGGAAAGCUACUGCUACAACACCUACCAGCACUACAACUGAGACUACAGACAUUUUGGGCACCACUACAGCUUCUACUGAACCCGUAAGCACUUCAAUAACAGAUACCACCUCAACUGAGGCUACAGUCCCUACAGUGGCUUCUACUUCAACUGAAACAACUACCACUGCUGCUGCCAGCACUACCACUGGGGCUGCAACCACAAUAGCCACCACUAGGAUUUCUACUGAACCAGCAAGCAACACAGCAGGCACCACAUCAAGUGAACCCACAGCCACAACAACCUCCAGCAGUACAACUGAGGCUACAACCAUGUUGGACACCACUACUACUGCUACUAAAGCUGUAACCUCUACAGUAACAGAUGCCACUUCAACUGAAGCAAGGACCACUGCUGCCAUCAGCACUACCACUGAGGCUACAACCACAAUAGCCACCAGUAUGACUUCUACUGAACCUGCAGCCACCACAGAAGACACCACUUCAAGGAAAGCUACUGCUACAACACCUACCAGCACUACAACUGAGACUACAGCCAUUUUGGGCACCACUACAGCUCCUACUGAACCCGUAACCACUACAACAACAGAUACCACCUCAACUGAGGCUACAGUCUCUACAGUAGCUUCUAUUUCAACUGAAACAACUACCACUGUUGCUGCCAGCACUACCACUGGGGCUGCAACCACAAUAGCCACCACUAAGAUUUCUACUGAACCAGCAAGCAACACAGCAGCCACCACAUCAAGUGAACCCACAGCCACAACAACCUCCAGCAGUACAACUGAGGCUACAACCAUGUUGGACACCACUACUACUAAAGCUGUAACCACUACAGUAACAGAUGCCACUUCAACUGAAGCAAGGACCACUGCUGCCAUCAGCACUACCACUGAGGCUACAACCACAAUAGCCACCAGUAUGACUUCUACUGAACCGGCAGCCACCACAGAAGACACCACUUCAAGGAAAGCUACUGCUACAACACCUACCAGCACUACAACUGAGACUACAGACAUUUUGGGCACCACUACAGCUUCUACUGAACCCGUAAGCACUUCAAUAACAGAUACCACCUCAACUGAGGCUACAGUCUCUACAGUGGCUUCUACUUCAACUGAAACAACUACCACUGCUGCUGCCAGCACUACCACUGGGGCUGCAACCACAAUAGCCACCACUAAGAUUUCUACUGAACCAGCAAGCAACACAGCAGCCACCACAUCAAGUGAACCCACAGCCACAACAACCUCCAGCAGUACAACUGAGGCUACAACCAUGUUGGACACCACUACUACUACUACUAAAGCUGUAACCACUACAGUAACAGAUGCCACUUCAACUGAAGCAAGGACCACUGCUGCCAUCAGCACUACCACUGAGGCUACAACCACAAUAGCCACCAGUAUGACUUCUACUGAACCUGCAGCCACCACAGAAGACACCACUUCAAGGAAAGCUACUGCUACAACACCUACCAGCACUACAACUGAGACUACAGCCAUUUUGGGCAUCUCUACAGCUCCUACUGCACCUGUAGCCACUUCAACAACAGAUACCACCUCAAAUCAAGCUACAACCACCACAACAGCUUCAACCUCAACUGAAACAACUACCACUUCUGCUUCCAGCACUACCCCUGAGGCUGCAACCACAAUAGCCACCAGUGGGACUUCCACUGAACCUGCAACCACCAUGACCACUAAUGGUUCAAGUGAACCCACUGCUGCAACAAAUUCUAGCACUACCACUGAGGCUAUGACUACGUUGGACAGCAGUCCUGCUGCUGCUCCUGAACCUGUAACCACUACAGCAACAGAUACCACUUCAACUGGAGCUACAACCAUCACUACAAGUGUAAAUAAUUUUCUAUUGCGCUUAUAGUCAUGAGUUCAAGGUGCAUAUUAACUGAUCCUUUGAUCACAAUAACUUUUACUGAUACUCUUAGGAAAUUACAAUACUAGUUCACCUUUUUCUUAUUCACUAUCAAGAACCCCUGUCACUUCAGUUUUAGGUAUAACUAAAAUUUGUUCAACAGUUUCAUCUCAAAUUUGAAGAAUUUCUAUUUCACAUGAACCUGUAAUUAGCAUCUGUUUAACAGUAUCUGUGGACACUGAUAUUUGUUCUUCAACUGAAUGGACAUAACUCACAGUAGGUAUUUGAAUUUAGUGACUGAAUUAGUGAAUGAAUCUAGUCUGUCUUCUAACUCAACUAAAACAUCACCUUCAACCUCUACUACCACCUCCUCAAGUAAAAAUGAAAUCCACACAGAUGCUACCAGCUCAACUGACUUCACAAUCACAACAGCAUAAUGACUUCAGCUGAAUUCAUAAUCUCCAAACCAGCAUUGCCUGUUCUUAGAAACUAAUCAUCACCUUCUAAGUAAUCUAACAUAAUACAGUUAGCAAUUCUAUUUCCCCUUCAAAUGAGUGCAUAGGCACAACAUUACUUUAAGAAAAUGUGCUAGCACCAUAACUUCUGAUAUUUCACAGCAGGGAACACCUCACUGACCGAUCAUACAACCAUGUACCAUUUCUAUGCAUCAUCAUUUCUGCCAUACUUACCUCCUGCUACAACAGACAUAACUUCACUAGACCCCUCCAUACCUUAUCCCCUGAAUCAGUAAAUGCUGUGACUUCUGAUGACAUGUGAUUGAAGGCCAUUCAUUACAUAUUCAUCUGAACCAAACGCUGCCUUUGUUAAUGGUAAGCUCAGUGAGUCAUAUCAUCACUCCUACUUGACAUAAAUGGCAAAUUCCUAGUGACCUCUUCCACUGCAAUGAUAAUUAGGAUGCCGACAAAUCAAAUCCUGACACCCACUGUCAUCACUCCUGCACUGGAAACUUGGUCUACUAUUGGUAACCGUGGCCAGCAGCUGCCCUCAUGUAACUAUAACCACUAUCAAAGUAACCACUCCACAAUGAGAUUUACUUAAUGACCAGUUCAACUGUCAUCAUAACAAUAAUGAAUUUUACCACUAAAAUAGCAUUUAGAUUUUACAGUAACAUUAAUUUGACCCAACCAUUUAACAUGAAGAGUCUGUAUUUUUGUGAGGUUUUCAAUAAUACAGUUUUCACGCAAAGAAAAUCCAAUCUAUUUAUAUAUUUUGAAAACUUGUUGUGUUUCAAUAAAAUGUUACCAAAUAUAAAUAUAGUCAUUUUUUAUUCCAAAAUUUUAGUAUUUAAUACAAAAUUAAUAUGUAUAGGGAAUGGAUAUUCUAUAUGGUGAGGGUGUGUUAAAUACAUUUAUGUAUUACCACACUUAAGUUUGUGUAAAAUUAGUUUUAUUCCAGUUUCUCUUUAAAUUAUUUUGAUUUUAAAUAUUUAUAAAUGUGUUAUUUUCAAAGUAAUAAAUUUGUUUUCUAUUUUGUUGCAGUAAUCUUAUAAACCUACUCAAUUAAAUAUGUUUAGUAAGCAUUUACUUGUUCCUGCUAUCUGCUGAAAUCCCAGAGGAUAUUCAGAACAAGAAAAUAGCAAUGGAGAUAGUAAUACACCCACCACUUUGAGUUCUGUUAUUUAGAGUUCUUGGUAACUGACAGGUUUAUGUUCGUGUUAUGGCACUUGCAUUCCACCACAGUUCCACUGGGUCAGAACUAUCGAGGAUGAGCCAUGAAGCUGUACUUUUCAAAAAGUAGGCAGGCCAGACGGAUAACCACUGGUGGGAGCAGUAAACUCAGAAGGGCAUUGUGACUUGUUCCAUCUUUUGGAUGGUGCUAAUGAGGUUGAUAGAAAUUAGGAAAUACGUUUUUUAAGCAGUGAUAAGAGUCAGUCGCCGUACAUCGGUUUUAACUGUAACUGUAAGCAAAGGGUGGCUGGACGGUGUGUACAGCACGAGGCUGGGAGCUGGCAGGAAGUGCCCGGGGCCCAAAAGGAAAAGUGCGUACUCAGCAACUUAAAACGCAUGUUUCAAUAGCCACUAUCUAAUUAGAAACCACUUAUAACUCUUCUUUCAUGUCAGUUUGACAGAGGUACUUUCCUCCUAUUUUGCUAGCUUACUUACUGUAAUUACAUGCAACGAAUGUAAUAAAAUUUUAC